GUUGCACAAGCUACUAUUAGUCUAUAAGACAUGAAACACCGAUAGCCGGUGAGUGUCAAAAAAUAGUUUUACCGGAAAACUUGGUGAGAAAGAAAAUGGCGGAAACAUCGUCUUCCAAAUCGGACGAAGAGAGAGAAGAGAUGCUGGACCGGCUGCUCACCCGCCUCGCUCUUUCCGACGACUCCAAACUCCAACCUCUACUCUCCAAGCUCCUCCCUUACACUAUCUCCUCCCUCUCCUCUCACUCCUCCGCCGUCCGCAACAAGGUUAUGGAAAUACUGAGUCAUGUGAACAAGCGAGUGAAGCAUCAACCGGAGAUUGGUUUGCCCUUGUCUGAACUAUGGACUAUAUUCUCCGGAGCUGAUUCUGCUCCGAUGGUCAGGAAUUUUUGCAUUCUCUACAUGGAAAUGGCAAUGGAUCGUGCCGAUACAAAGGAGAAAGAAAAUUUGUCACCCAUGCUUCUGGUGGGAGUCUCAAAGCUUUCUAAUCAGCACCAAGAAAUUAUUCUCAGACUUGUUGUGAAGGUCAUUGGUGAAUGUCACCCAAAUGGAAUAGAUGGAGAAAUUGCUGCAAAGUAUGGACUUAUAACUGAUUCUCAAGACAGGAGCAUUUUUAUCGAAUUUUGCCUUCAUACAAUCUUAUAUCAGCAGUCAUCUCAAAGAGAAUGCCCACCAGGACUUUCAAUUGCGCAAGCCAACCGGGUAACAGCUAAACAAUCAUUGAACAGUGAUAUACUUCUAAAUAGAAAGUUAGGGAUCUUGAAUGUUAUUGAGGCCAUGGAGCUGGCCCCUGAGCUCGUUUAUCCUUUGUACCUGACUGCCUCCAUAGAUUGGUAUAUACUAAUCUUCCCAUUAUCUGUAAUCUUUAUAUCUCAAGAGCCUGUCGUUAAGAGAGGAGAGGAGCUUGUAAAGAAGAGGGCUGCUGGUGCUAAUUUUGAAGAUACAGUCCUCAUAAGCAGACUUUUUUUGUUAUUUAAUGGUACUGCUACAUCUCACAAUGUUGGUUCUGAAUCUAGAGUCACUCCAGCAAGUCCGGCUUUGAAAGGAAAACUGAUGUCUAUUUUCUGCCGGUCUAUCACAGCAGCUAACAGUUUCCCUUCAACUUUACAGUGCAUUUUUGGAUGCAUAUAUGGGAGUGAUACCACAUCAAGGUUGAAGCAGUUGGGAAUGGAAUUCACUGUCUGGGUAUUUAAACAUUCCAAAAUCGAUCAACUUAAACUAAUGGGCCCUGUCAUACUGAGUGGAAUUCUGAAGUCACUUGACACUGCUUCAAGUUCAGAAUCAGAUGCUACUCAUAGAGACUCCAGAACUUUCGCUUAUCAAGCUAUUGGAUUGCUCGCACAGCGUAUGCCUCAGCUUUUCAGAGAUUCGACUGACAUGGCUGUGCGUCUCUUUGAUGCAUUGAAGGUAGAGACCCAAUAUUUUCGCCUUAGUAUUCAAGAAGCAACAAAUUCUCUUGCCACUGCUUAUAAGGGAGCACCCUCAACAGUGCUAAAGGAUCUGGAGACUCUUUUGCUCAAGGGUUCAUUAUACAUUUCCUAAUGGAGUUCUAAUUUAUUUUUUGCUCACUAGGAACAAAGUGAAGUGAGAUUCUGUGCUAUAAGAUGGGCAACUUCUUUAUUUGAGUUGCAACAUUGUCCAAGUCGGUAUAUCUGUAUGCUUGGGGCUGCUGAUAUUAAGCUGGAUAUAAGGGAGAUUGCAUUGGAAGGCCUUUUUCCUGUGGAAGAUGAUGGAUCAAGUAUGAGCAAGAUAAAAGAGCUACAUUACCCCAAACUUGGAGACAUGUUAGAUUAUAUUCUUUCACAGCAGCCAAACUUGUCAGAAUCAGCUGAGACCAGGGAUCAGAAGCUUCAGUUUCCCUCAAGAACGUAUCUAGUUAUUAUUGAAUUUUUGUUGAAGUGCUUCGAGUCAGAAUUGGAGCAUAAUACUUCAAUUAAAGGAUCAUCUCAGUUUCAAUGGUCUGUAGAAGCAAUGUGCUUGCUCCUGGAACAUGCUAUGGCAUAUGAAGGAUCUGUUGAGUUGUACGCCAAGGCUUCCAAUGCAUUGAUUGCAAUUGGAUCUCGUAUACCAGAGCUGGUAGCUUCACGUUAUGCAAAAAAAGUUCCAUGGCUAAAACAAUUAUUGAGUCAUAUUGACUUAGAUACCCGUGAAGCGGCUGCACGUUUGCUUGGGAUUGCUUCCUCCGUUCUUCCUAUAGAUGCUUCAUGUGCUCUGAUAUCUGAAAUAAUUGCCUCAGUAAGGGGAAUAAAUAAGUUAAGAUUUGAGGUUCAGCAUGGAGCAUUAUGUGCAUUAGGUUAUGUUACUGCAAAUUGUAUGUCUAGAAAACCAGCUAUCCCAGAGGAAUUAUUUCAAAUUACAUUAAAGUUACUUGUCGAUGUUGUUAAUUCUGAGACUGCAACACUAGCAUCAGUAGCGGUCCAAGCACUAGGUCAUAUUGGACUGGUUGUUGCAUUGCCUUCUCUUAUUGUUGAGUCUAGUUCAGUUGAUAUUCUGGUGGUUUUACAAGAAAGAUUGACAAAGCUAAUUAAGGGUGAUGACUCCAAAGCAAUUCAGAAGAUUAUUAUAUCCAUUGGCCACAUCUGCAUCAAUGAAACAUCAUCUGCAUGUCUUAAUAUUGCCCUGGAGUUAAUAUUCAGUCUUUCCCGAUCUAAGGUUGAGGAUAUCCUCUUUGCUGCUGGCGAGGCACUAUCGUUUUUGUGGGGUGGUGUUCCGGUGACUGCGGAUUUGAUUCUCAAAACUAAUUAUUCACUCUCCAUGGCUUCUAAGUUCCUCAUGGGAGACCCGAGUUUAUCUCUCUCAACACAUAGCCCUAUAGAAAUGAAUGAAGCUAAUAAAGAUCGUGAUGCCAUGGUUCGAGAAGCAAUUACUAAAAAGCUUUUUGAUGAACUUCUAUACAGUACAAGAAAGGAAGAUCGCUGUGCUGGAACUGUAUGGCUAUUAUCAAUUACCAUGUAUUGUGGCCAUCAACCAGCUAUCCAGAAAAUGCUUCCAGAAAUUCAGGAGGCUUUUUCACAUCUUCUUGGGGAGCAGAAUGAACUCACACAGGAGCUUGCCUCCCAAGGGAUGAGCGUUGUGUAUGAAAUUGGUGAUGCGUCGAUGAAAGGAAACUUGGUAAAUGCGCUUGUAAACACUCUGACAGGUUCAGGGAAGAAAAAAAGAGCUAUAAAGCUUGCUGAAGACUCAGAAGUGUUUCAAGAGGGAGUUAUUGGUGAAGGUCUUAGUGGAGGGAAACUCAGUACAUACAAGGAGCUGUGCAACGUAGCGAAUGAGAUGGGACAACCAGAUCUGAUUUAUAAGUUUAUGGAUCUGGCUAAUUAUCAAACUUCUCUGAAUUCAAAAAGGGGUGCUGCCUUUGGUUUUUCAAAGAUAGCAAAGCAAGCAGGAGAUGCUCUGAAGCCACGCUUGCGGUCCUUAAUUCCAAGGCUUGUUCGUUAUCAGUAUGAUCCUGACAAAAAUGUGCAGGAUGCCAUGUCACACAUAUGGAAGUCACUGGUGGAAGAUUCAAAGAAGACCAUUGAUGAACACUUGGACCUCAUUAUUGAUGACUUGUUAAUACAGUGUGGAUCUAGGCUUUGGCGCACACGAGAGGCAUCCUGUCUUGCCCUUGCAGAUAUCAUCCAGGGCCGCAAGUUUGAUCAGGUUGGGAAGCAUUUAAGGAAGUUAUGGCCAGCAGCAUUCCGUGCCAUGGAUGAUAUUAAAGAGACUGUUCGAAAUUCUGGAGACAAGUUAUGCCGUACUUUAACUUCAUUGACAGUGAGGCUUUCUGAUGUCACCCUAACUGAUGUAUCAGAUGCAAGCCAAUCAAUGGAUCUUGUUCUGCCUUUUUUGCUUACAGAAGGCAUACUAAGUAAAGUUGAUAGUAUUCGGAAGGCAUCUAUAGAGGUUGUUAUGAAGCUUGCAAAGGGGGCUGGCAUUGCAAUCCGUUCACAUUUAUCUGAUCUAGUUUGCUGCAUGCUGGAAAGUUUGUCGAGCCUUGAGGACCAAGGGCUUAAUUACGUCGAGUUGCAUGCAGCAAAUGCUGGGAUACAGACAGAGAAGCUUGAGAGUUUGAGAAUUUCGAUUGCAAAAGGCUCUCCGAUGUGGGAAACUCUUGAUCUCUGCAUAAAAGUUGUGGAUGCAGGAUCAUUAGAUCAAUUGGUUCCCCGUCUUGGUCAACUGGUUCGAUCUGGGGUGGGUCUCAAUACAAGGGUUGGUGUCGCCAGCUUUAUUACCUUACUAGUUCAAGAAGUUGGUGUUGAAAUUAAACCAUAUACGAGCAAGCUACUGAGGCUGUUGUUUCCAGUUGUGAAGGAGGAAAAAAGUGCUGCAUCAAAACGAGCCUUUGCUGAUGCAUGUGCAGUACUUUUAAAACAUACAGUAGCCUCGCAGGCUGAAAAGUUGAUCGACGACACUGCAGCUUUGCAUGCUGGUGACCGAAAUGCUCAAGUUGCCUGUGCAGUUUUAUUGAAAAGCUAUUCAUCCAAGGCGUCAGACAUUUUGGAUGGAUAUCUUGCAGCUAUACUUCCAGUAAUUUUUAUUUCAAGGUUUGACGAUGACAAGUAUGUUUCUGGCCUGUUUGAAGAGUUGUGGGAAGAGCAUACAAGUAGUGAACGUGUAGCCCUCCAGUUAUACUUGGCAGAAAUUGUUUCUCUUAUUUGUGAGAGUAUUGCAACAUCCUCUUGGGCAAGUAAAAAGAAGGUCUCAUUCUUCAACGUGCAGGCAGCCCAGGCAAUUAACAAGCUCAGUGAAGUUUUGGGUGAAUCUUUGGCUUCUUACUAUAAUGUCUUGCUCCAGUCUCUUAUGAAAGAGAUUCCUGGUCGGUUAUGGGAGGGAAAGGAAGCUCUAUUAUAUUCGAUUGCUGCACUUUGUGUGUCAUGCCACAAAGCAAUUUCAACUGAUGAUUCUCACACUCUGAAUGAAGUUUUGAGGGUGGUAUCUUCAGCAUGCACAAAGAAGGCAAAGAAAUAUCGUGAGGCAGCUCUAUCCUGUCUGGAACAGGUUGUAAAGGCCUUUGGUAAUGAGGAGUUCUUUAACGAGGCAUUUCUAAUGUUGUAUGAUAUGUGUAAUGCUUCCGCUCUCGGUGCUUCUGGGAAAGCAACUUUGGCUGGAAGUGGUGCUAAAGCAGAAGAGGAUCACAUUGAGCAGGUUCAUGUUCCACAUGAGAAAAUUUUGGACUGCAUGACCGCUUGCAUUAAUGUGGCUAAGGUAAAAGAUAUUCAUGAACAACAGAAGAAUUUAAUGCAGGUCUUGACUACUGCUCUGUCACCUGGAUUUCCAUGGACAGUCAAAAUAUCUGCCUUUUCAUUGAUAAAGGAACUUGGUUCAAGUGUCCACAAGGUUGUGGCUGACCCUCAACAAAGUAAUGAUCAUGCUAACAUUAUUUUGUUAGUUCAGGAGUUGUUUCACUCAGUGGCACCUCUAGUUGUCGAAUGCAUAAGCACAGUUAAAGUUGGGCAGGUUCAUGUUGCUGCUUCAGAGUGCCUUUUAGGGAUCAUGAAGCUUUACAGAGACCUUCGGUCAAUCAACUGUACUAAUGUACAAUUUCAGGGUACACUCUUGCAUCUGUAUGAAGUGGAGAAAAAUGGCGAAGCAAAGUCCUUGUUGAAAAAAUGUGUUGAUACUCUUGAAAACAUAACUAGAAUGUCCGAGAGAUAACUAAAUUGUAGAAAAUGUAAUAGAACCAAAUCUCAUAUAUGAUUCGGUUACAUUGCAACUAUAGAGAUGCGUUAACUACGAAGGGUCCAAGGUACAUUCUUGUAGUUGUGGAUCUAUUUCAUAUAAUAUAACACCCCAAAAAUAUGUAUUCAUUC